AUGGCUUGGCCGAGUCCUUUCCGGCGAAAUGAUGAAAAUACUCGCCACGUUUGGGGAUACACUUUCCAAUGGACCCCUGAGCAUCUCACUGAAGAGCAGAUGCAUCCUAUGAAGUUUUCAUAUGAUGUUUUGGCUGAAGAGUGCUUGAAUCGUUUAGAUAACAUAUCGCCACCCAUUUCGGGAGAAUUGCCACGGAAUCAUAAUAGAUUUCCUAAUAAAUCGGAAGGCGAGGAAAAGCCGAAGAGAGAUUUAUAUGCUUUGUUAAGAGAUCAUUCUUCUGAGGAUGAGAAACUGGGGAAAUUGUGGGAAGAAGUUAAUACAAUACCGGAUUGGGUUGAUUGGGAUCAAAUUGGGAGAGGUCAAGAUGUCUUUUACAGAUAUGGAGGUGCUGCGUUGACUGGACUUGCAUAUCAAUCAUUGCUUGGUGGAAUGGGUGCAGCUAGAGUUACAGAGGUUCUAGCUAGGACUGGUGGCUUUUCUACAAAGGUAGCCAGAAGAAGAAUGUUUGAAACAACUCAACUCAUCCUUCAAGUGACCCAAUCCAUCGAAGCUAUCAAACCCGGCGGCACCGGCCACAUAGCAUCCAUAAAAGUCCGCCUUCUUCACGCAGCCGUCCGCCGUCGAAUCCUCGCUCUCGCCAAAGAAAAACCCUCCUAUUACUCCGUCGAAGAAUACGGCAUUCCCAUCAAUGAUCUCGACAGCAUAGCAACCGUCGGUACCUUCUCCGCAACCCUAAUCUGGCUCGCCUUUCCCCGCCAAGGCAUCUUCCUCCGCUCCCAAGAAAUAACCGACUACAUCGCCCUCUGGCGUCUCAUAGCCCAUUACCUCGGAACCCCCACCUCCUAUUUCUCCACUCCCACCUCCGCCAAAUCCAUCAUGGAAUCCAUUCUCCUCACCGAAAUCCAUCCCUCUUCCACCUCCCAAAUCCUCGCCAACAACAUAAUCCUCUCCCUACAAAACCAACCUCCCACCUACGCCUCCCGCGAUUUCCUCGUCGCAAACGCCCGCUGGCUCAACGGUUCCGCCCUAUCCGACGCCCUCGGUCUCGACACCCCCUCACUCUACUACUCGGCCCUCGUCGCUGGCCAAUGCAUAUUCUUCAUGGCAAUCAGCUACCUCUAUCGCAGCAUCCCCUAUCUAGACCGCAAACAAAUCAACACCCUCAAACGUAUCUUCCCGCUGGUGAUUCAAAAUCGUGAGUAUGGACUAGCGCGUGAAACGGAUUUUGCACUGCAGUACAUGCCGGAGCUGGACACAAAGACGGAAUUGGGCAAUUGUAGGGUGGGAGUAAGGAGUAAGGAGGGAGGGAUAGAGGGAAGGAAUUUGAGAGCGUUGAUUUUGGCGGGAGUGGGAUUGGGAAUGGGGAGUUGGGGGUUGUGGAGGGGGGUGGGGUGGGUAUGGGGGGUCGUGGGGAGGGGGUGA